AUGUCUUCCUCUAUCCUACACCAGUGUCCCUUUUGCAAUCAUGUUUCCGAUAUUUCUCUUUCUCUACCUGAGUUCAUCGAGAACCCACACUGCAACCAGUGUGGUCUAUCUGCAUCCGAAAGCACCGAGAAAUUACAUGAGCUGGCAGCUCUCUUUGACCAGAUGACGAUGUGCCAAGUGCAACCCGAGUGUCAACCGCCGCCCAUCUCCUACAGUAUUUCGCGACACUAUCAUCACUCCUCCCACAUAAUUCCCCAGAACCCCACCCCCACAAACGGCACCAAGGGCCCAAUCAUUAGCCCAAAAUCGAUUUCUCCGCCAGCCGAGGACCUGGAGAUUGAGAUGAAGAUGGACAUAUCGGAGGAGGUCGCAGUGGAUCACAAGGAAGAGGCUGAACCCUACAUGGUUUCCGGCUACAACGCUUACACCCUACCCAAGGAACCCACGACUGGGGAAACCUAUACUUCAGCUACAGAUCCCGUGUACCAAUCUCGUCACUGGUGGGAAAACACUCAAAUGGGGAUGGAACCGCAGUAUGUGGCAUUUGAGGAGAGAAAUCGGGAUUAUGUAGCCGGUGAUAUGCAGACUCGUUGGAUGGGUCCGAAUUAA